UCUAACAAAUGUCGGUUUGUACUGAAAUGUUUUGAUAUAGUGCAGUCAAAAAUACGGUAAAAUGUUCGAAAACGGAGAAGAGCAAGGACCGAAGAGUACCUUUACCACCUAUAUGGCUGAAGGUGACCAGCUGUUUCACAAAGGAGAGUAUGUUAAAGCUACUGAGAGCUUCUCCGCGGCUUUAAGUUUACAGCCGGGUGAAAAGACCUGUCUAGUGGCCAGAUCCAGGUGUUAUGUGAAGCUGGGAGAUGCAGAGAGCGCGUUGAACGAUGCCGAGGCAUCCCUCAAAGACAACAAGGACUUCUUUAAGGGUCUGUAUCAAAAGGCAGAGGCCCUGUACACUAUGGGCGAUUUUGAGUUUGCAUUGGUCUACUAUCACAGAGGCCAUAAACUACGUCCAGAGCUUCAGGAGUUCAGACUGGGUAUUCAGAAAGCUCAAGAGGCAAUUGACAACUCUGUGGGGAGUCCUUCCUCUGUUAAGCUGGAGACUAAAGGAGCCUACUUUCACAAGCCUAUUGGGGUUCGUCAAAAGCAUUUUAUUCAUUCUCACAAGAAGGAACCAAGACAGCAUGGCCAGAAGAUGCCCAAAAGGGAAAGAACAGCCAAGCAACUUCUAGGAGAGCUUUACAGCGACAGAGAGUACUUGGAGAAACUUCUUCAAGAUGAGGAUCUAAUAAAAGGUAAAAUACGAACUGGAGAGCGUGUGCAAGAUCUGAUCGAAGGCUGUAUCUCAUACCUGGACACACGGACGGAGUUCUGGCGGCAGCAGAAGCCCAUCUACGCACGCCAGCGGGACAGAAAACUGAUGCAGCAGCAGUGGAGUCGUGCUCUUCACAAACCCCCUUCUGAUCCCACCCGCCAUGUCCUCACCAUUCUAGAGGAGAUUGACACAGCCUUGAGUGCAGGUAAUGCAGAGAGCAGCCUGAAGAAGGCCCGUGAGCUCAUGAAGGCAGUGCGGGGAUGGACUGAGGGGGUUCUGCCUAAUAAAAAAGAAGUUCUUGGGAACCUGCACAGCUGCAUUGGUAAUGCACUGAUGGAUCUUGGGAAAAUGGAUAAGGCUCUGAAUCAUCAUGAGAAGGACUUAGAGCUGGCCAAGCAAGGCGACCUCAUGGACAGCAAAUCCAGAGCUCUGGACAAUAUCGGCCGUGUGUAUGCACGCAUCGGAAAGUUUCAACAAGCAAUAGAGGUCUGGGAGGAGAAGGUUCCUCUAGUAUGUAGUGGGUUAGAGAAAGCCUGGUUGUACCAUGAGAUCGGUCACUGUUACCUGGAGCUGAAGCGUUACGUUGAAGCAAGAGACUAUGGAUCCCGCUCUCUCGUGGCUGCAGAUGACAUCAGUGAUGGGAAAUGGCAGCUUAAUGCCAGUGUGCUAGUGGCACAGGCAGAAUUGAAGCUGGGUAACAACAAGGCCAGUGUGUUACACUUUGAGAGGGCACUGGACCGGGCAAAACUGCUGCAUGACGACUCUGCCAGAGAAGCCAUCCAGAAGGCUCUUCGUGAAGCAAGGCAAAAAGCGACUCAGUAACACGAGAAACCCUCCUGAAAAAUAUGGCUGCAAUCGACUGAAUCCACUUACAAGACAAAGCAGAACCAAUGCACCCUUUCUAACCUUCAUGCACAACCAGUGGAAUAAGGUCUGCAUGAGAAACAAUGUGUUGGAUUGCAUUCGGCUGUCACUGGUUAAGAGCUAGUUUGAGUUUUAUGACUGCCCUCUCUGUCCGUGUUUCCAUAUGGGUAAAAAUAUAUUUUGCAUAGUUUUACAUAAAUAAACUGUCACA